CACGGCAAUGGGCACGGAGCUGGGUGUCACAGCGGGGGCUGUUGGGGCACCAGCAGCACAGCAGGAGGGGCUUGGAGGAGCUGCAGUUACCUGGAGACUUGGGAGUACUCAGUGAGAUCUGUAUUGAGCCAUAGGAGUCCCAGCAAGAAAACCUACUGUCACCUUCAUCUUUGCUUCUACUGGCUGUAAAGGAGGAAGCAUGAAUCCUGCCCUGCCUUGGAUCAUUCCUCUUGGAUGUGUACUGCUCCUGACAAUGACAGCUGAAUGCUUUAUCUUGCCCAACUCGAGUCACCUGGAGAGCAUCCUGAGUAAAUAUCAGGAUGGGGAAGCUCACUCCAGAUCCAAGAGAGCCAUUUUAUUCUCGGACAGACAGGAGAUCCUGAUGCUCCACAAUAAAUUGAGAGGUCAAGUUUACCCAGUGGCCUCUAAUAUGGAAUACAUGACCUGGGAUGAUGAGCUGGAAAGAUCAGCCCAGGCCUGGGCUCAGCAGUGCAUCUGGGACCACGGGCCCAGUGACCUCAUCAGGUCAAUCGGGCAGAACUUGGCGGUUCACUGGGGCAGGUAUCGAUCCCCAGCUUUCCACGUCCAGUCUUGGUAUGAUGAAGUCAAAGAUUACACAUUUCCUCAUCCUCAUGAGUGCAACCCGUGGUGCCCAGACAAGUGCACAGGCUCUAUGUGCACACACUACACCCAGAUAGUCUGGGCCACGACCAACAAGAUUGGCUGUGCUGUCAACGUCUGCAAGCAGAUGAAUGUCUGGGGAGAAAUCUGGGAGAACGCUGUCUACCUGGUCUGCAACUACUCCCCCAAGGGCAACUGGAUCGGAGAAGCUCCGUACAAGACCGGCCGUCCCUGCUCCGAGUGCCCCCCGAGCUAUGGAGGAGGCUGCCAGAAUAACCUCUGCUACAAAGAUUACCGUUAUGAAGAUCCCAUCAUAGGUGAGACAGAUGAGACCAAUGAAGUGGAGAUUCCACAGGUGGCAGAGCAAAAGCCAGUGAGGUUCUACCCUCCGGAAAGCAAGCCCAGCAAAUCUAUCAAGCCCAAGAAAAUCAUCCCAGAAUCCUACAUGACACAAGUCAUUACCUGUGAAACCAAGAUGAGAGACAAAUGCAGAGGCUCAACAUGCAACAGGUAUUUGUGCCCAGCUGGCUGCUUGUACAGUAAGGGAAAGAUCUUUGGAACAUUUUAUUAUGAAAGUUCAUCCAGCAUUUGUCGUGCUGCCAUCCAUUAUGGCAUCCUGGAUAACGAAGGAGGGCUGGUGGAUAUCACAAGGAAGGGGAGAACACCUGCUUUUGUGAAGUCCACCAGGAACGGCGUGGAGUCUUUUAGGAAAAGUAAACCUUCGAACGCAUUCAUGGUUUCCAAAGUCACAACACAGACACUGGAUUGUUACACCACAGUAGCUGAGUUGUGUCACUUCAAAAAGCCAGCGAGCCACUGCCCCAGGAUUUAUUGUCCAGCCCACUGUAAGGAUGAGCCGUCGUACUGGGCACCCGUGUUUGGCACCAACGUUUAUGCAGAUAGCUCCAGUAUCUGCAAAACUGCAGUGCAUGCAGGAGUCAUUUCAGAUGAAAGAGGUGGCUUUGUGGACGUGAUGCCUGUAGAAAAGAAGAAGAGUUACGUUGGUUCCUUAAAGAACGGCGUCCAGUCGGAGAGCUUGAAGAAUCCUUCAGAUGGCAAUGCCUUCCGAAUUUUUGCUGUGAAGCAGUAAAUUCCCAGGGAAGGUGCAGGUUUCUUUGGGAGAGCGCUCUGUCGACCUCCGGAGACGCGAAAGCUCCUCUGACGGCGUCAGCUCUGACCGUACCCUCCUUGCCGAUCUCUUUCAGGGAAUUCUAAAAGAAAAGGGACACGUUAAAAAAAAAAAAAAAAAA